CUCGCCGUCAUCGGCAAAACUGCUCACUGCAACUAAGGAAAAGGGAUUUCUUCCUCGGCUAAUAACCUGUUCAUCCGACUAUGAACGCAAGCUAUUUCCUCGUGCUCCUGGCCCUGCUAAUGCCUCUGGCCACGUGCUAUCCCCAGCCCGCCCUGGAUGAGGACAAGGAACAAGAGUAUGGAGAGAUGGCUCAGUCAGAUGAUGGUGAGGAAGAUGAUUCAAAUCUGGAAGGCAUGCUGAGAAUGAUCCAGCAGAGGGGAGGAGAUGAAGAUGAGGAUGGUGGAGAAAAUGCACUGGUGAUGCAGGAUGAAGACGGGGGAAUGAUGAAGCUGGCAUGCAAGCACAAAAACGCUGUGCGACCCACAUCUAUGUGA